AGGAAUUACCUUUACCAUGUUAGCUUGGUGAUAAAAGGUAAUGUGUUUGAUAUGAGAAUCACAUCAAUAAUGACAAGUAUUGAUUUAUCAAGCAAUAGGUUUGAAGGAGAUAUUCCAAAUUCCCUUGGAAGUCUGAACUCACUUGUGUUACUCAACCUAUCUCACAACAACUUCUGGGGUUAUAUUCCUGCAGAAAUUGCAAAGUUGCAUGAGCUCGAAGCAUUAGACCUCUCAUGGAACAGACUCAUUGGAGAAAUCCCUGGUCAAUUGUCGAGUCUGACAUUUCUUGAGGUCUUAAACCUUUCAUACAAUCAUCUUGUUGGGCGCAUUCCGCUUGGGAAACAGUUCAAUACAUUUCCAAUUGAUUCGUAUUGUGGAAAUCCUGAUUUAUGUGGAUUUCCACUAUCAAAGGAAUGUGGAAAAAAUAAUGUGUUAGAUGAGUCACCACUUGAACAAGAUGAUGAUGAUUCAAGUUUUGCUAGCGGGUUCACAUGGCAAGCUGUCGUAAUAGGGUAUGGUUGUGGUAUUCCUUUUGGAUUGUUCAUGGGAAGCCUCAUGUUCAUAUUUGGAAAACCAAAAUGGUUUGUGAACUUCGCUGAAGAUAUUGCUCAACAAAUUGCUGCUAGGAAGCGAAGAAGGCAAAGGAAGAGACAUCAAAGACAUUGAGACACGGUUUAAGAAUGACGUAGCAACAUAUCAGAUGUUGUUGAGGUUGCUGGAGAGUUGAACAGGUUUACAUACUAGUUACAUUAUUUACAAAUUUGUAUUAAUGAGGAUU